AUGUUAGUUCAUGUGCGCACUCAUGCCAAGGAGAAACCGCAUCAAUGUCGUUUAUGUGAGAAAGGAUUUUCGCGAGCCGAAAACCUUAAAAUCGAUAUACGCCCACAUUCGGGCGAAAAGCCGUACUGUGUUCACAAAUUUGAUGAAUUACUCAACUACAAGGAGGAUGAACCACUGGACGCUAUUAAUAAUGCGAAUAUAAACUUUAUCUGCACACAAACGCCUUCAUCUUCAUCGACGACUUCAUCGUCAACCGAAAAUAACCUUGCUAAUACUUCCGUGGUAUCAUCACCUUCAUCGGAUUCUGCCAUAGUUCCAGUAAAAUUUUUAACUCAACGUAUACUCAAUAAGCAGAAUUCAAAGCUGCCACCACCCAUAAAUGGAAUGGGUGAUACGAUGCAUACC